AAAUUUCACCUUCGACAUUGUAUAAUUAUUUAACUGUCCAUAACAUAUUUAAAACAAUGAGCAAUCGGAUGGCAAUCGUUCUCUGCCCUAUCGUCACCAUUGUAGUGAUGGCAUCAGCUACAGUCGUUAACCAAGGGAAACCCAUUUUUUGCUCGCGAGCAAAUAUUUCAGAGGUUCGAAUUCAAGGAUGUAAGAGAGAACCAUGCACUCUGAAGAAAGGAACCAAACUUCCUUUCGAAAUUGACUUCAGUUUCACAGCCCCCGAAACGAUAGAUUACGUGGACCUCAACGCCUUUGCUCCGUACUGGAAUGUUCCCGGCCAUGGAGUUUAUGGAACCAAUUUGGCUACUUCAGAUGGGAUCAAAUGCGAGGAUUUUUCAGAAGGGAGUGAGUGUCCAUCGAAUCAGAGUUACACCCUUAAGUCCACCUUAUAUGCUGACCCCAAACUUCAGAGGACUGUCGGCAACAAAGAGACAACAGGAAAGGUGAGAACAGGAUGGCUCUUCACACCCAGCAGUGACAACAGGUCAAACGGUCAAGAGGGGUCCCAGUGCUCAUUCAAUGUGGAACUCAAUCUUGUCAAGUGAAUAACUGACAUACUGAGGAAAGCAAUACAUUUCUUUCCUCGGAUGAGGCGUUAACAAUGUUCCUUCCUAGGCGUCUAAUCUGAAUAAAUAAUUGCAAAAUGUGAAUACAA